AUGAAUCAAAGUUCCCAUACAGGAAGAGGGUCUGAUUACUCAGACAAUCGGAUUAUGAAUCAAAAUAUUCACGGUAGGGGGAACAGUAACGGGGGUUAUUACAAUAAAUCCGGUACCCAUAAUAUGGUAUUUCAAGAUCUGAGUGGUAACCACACGGGAUAUCAUGAGAUUCAGCAACAUAAUCACAGUUCCGUUCCAAUAAUGGUAGAAGACCAUGAAGUGUUAGGAGGAUCUUCUCAAAGAAUGGAUAAUUUGGGAGGUGGUACGCAAAAUAAUAGUAAUACAGGAAGUUUGACUGGAAGCCAAUCUUCUAUUGGAAGCCAGAGCUACCAAAGCCAAAAUCUAAAUUCUACUUCUCUUACAAACUCAAAUUCAAGCUCUAAUCUGAACUUGAUCAUGGGUUCUAAUCCUGGGCAAAAUCAAAGUCAGAAUUCAAAUAUUCAUUUUCCUCUGAAUUCCAUUCAUCCUCCAAAUCCUCAUCAUUAUAGUUAUCAAAAUUUGAAUGGCUCAGUUCCGCACCAAAGCCCGUCUCAAUUUCAACAUCAAGGUAAUCUAAGACAGCAAAUUCCUCAAAAUUUAUACCAACGACAAGUACACCACUCUGCUCAGUCCCAGCCUUCCUCUCGGCCUCAAAGUGUGCCCCCAUCUCCUUCUCCAUCUCCUCCAUCGUCUCCAGCACUCCAGGCCUGCCAAAUCAAUGGAUACCCUUCCCAAGGUGCGUAUUCUCAAAGUUCACAACUCUUGCAUCCUUCACCUUCCCCAUCUCCCCACUAUUCUCAAUCUUCUCAAAACUCCCAGACUUAUCAACUUACUCAACCAUCUCAGACAUUUCAGGUUUCCCAACCUUCCCAGAUUACCCAACUAUCUCAAAUGACCCAACCAUCACAGAUUUCUCAAUUGUCUCAGAUUGCCCAGCCGUCUCAGCCAUCCCAACCUUCUCAGAUUACUCAACCUUCUCAGUUUUCCCAACCUCAGUUUUCACAGCCUUCUCAACCAUCCCAACCUUCCCAGAUUACUCAGCCUUCUCAACCAUCCCAACCUUCUCAGAUUACCCAACCUUCUCAGAUUACCCAACCUUCUCAGCUAUCUCAACAAAGUUAUUUGGCUCCUUUAAACCCCGUAAAGAAUUACAACAUCCCCAUAGAAAAAGUGGUAUGGGACUAUUUACACUUUUUAUACAGACAAAAUAUGGGAGUUUUGGGGUAUUUAACACCUUAUAUAGAUGACUCAUUUAAUAUUGGUAAAUUUCAUUGUAUGGUAACUGAGUUUUGUAAGAGACAGAGAAUUUCAAAGGAUGCAUUGGUAAUUCAUUCAAAGAACUGGUUUAAGGAUUACUUAGACCAAAAGGAGGCUAAGAACGUGGAUUUUACUUUGGAAGAAGAAAUAAAGAGGUACAUAACACUUAAGAUUAAACAUUAUGAGAAUUUGGGAUUUCAGUUGGAAUUUAAAAAGAUAUCAAAGUUUUAUUGCAAAUUAGUGCCUUUUAUGAUCAAAAGUCUUUGGAGAAGAUUAGAGAACGCAAGCUUUCAAAGAGUUGACUGGUCCUCCAGACAGUUUUUGGGCAGUGAGAUAGACCCCAAAUUUUGUAAUUACGAUAUGAUAAACAGGGUUAUGAAACUUAACAGCAGCAGUUCUGAUGGAUCUAAUAAAGAUAAUACAGAAAUAACUGGAGUUAAAUUAACAAAGUCUCAGGAUUAUGAUCAGGAAACAAUGUCCAACGAAAGAUAUGAAGGAGCUGAUUAUAUGAUGGAUCCUAGCUCAGAUCCUGUUACCAGGAAGAAUCACGAAACUGUAAUGUAUAAAGGAAUUAUAGAGGAUGAUCUUGACCACACAAAUCGACUUGAACACUCCCAAAACCACAGUCACAAUGAUCUUCAGAUUAAAGAUGGAAAAGAUCCAGACGAAUAUGAUGAGCAGACCAGAGAAAUGGUAAUUGUUUCCAGAACUCAGAAAUGGCUUUUAAGAAACGUAAAGCUUGAGGACUUUAAACACUUAAUUAAAAUGGAUCAAAUUAAAAUGGAAAAUGCUCUAAGAAACAGUGCAUCAUAUAAGUCCAGAUCCAAGUCUAAACCAAGAUCAUCUGAUUCUGUAUUUUCAGUUAGGCUACCUAAGAAGACUCAGAACGCUAUUUUAGAUUACAUUAACUUAUGCCAAUAUAAAAUGUAA